UCGGUUGACGAGCGGAUGAAAAGGUGCGCAUGCGCCAGGAGGCCGCCAGUAAUGUCGGCGAUGAUGGCGGGAGAUGUGGCUGUUGAGAGGAAGAUGCCGCACCGGCCUUUCCUGAUCGCUGUGAGCGGCGGCACCGCCAGCGGCAAGUCAUCUGUGUGUCAGAAAAUUGUUGAGCUGCUGGGACAGAACAAAGUGGAUCAAGACCAGAGGCAAGUGGUGAUCCUGAGCCAGGACAGCUUCUACAAGGUGCUGACCCCUGAGCAGAGGAUGAAGGCCAGUAAAGGGCAGUAUAACUUCGACCAUCCAGAUGCAUUCGACAAUGAGUUGAUUCUCCGCACUCUCAAGGACAUUAUUAAUGGGCGGACGGUGCCAAUUCCAGUUUAUGACUUUGUUAAUCAUUCACGGAAGCCGGAGAUGGUGCCAGUUUAUCCUGCGGAUGUGGUUCUUUUCGAGGGCAUUCUGGUUUUCUAUUCCCAGGAGAUCAGGGACUUGUUCCACAUGAAGCUCUUCGUGGAUACGGAUGCUGAUACUCGUCUCUCUCGCAGAGUUUUGCGCGACAUUAAUGAGAGGGGCCGUGACUUGGAGCAGAUUUUGACGCAGUACACGACAUUCGUCAAGCCUGCCUUUGAGGAGUUCUGCCUUCCGACCAAGAAAUACGCUGAUGUUAUUAUCCCCAGGGGAGUUGAAAAUCUCGUUGCCAUCAAUCUGAUUGUGCAGCAUAUUCAGGAUAUCCUGGCUGGUGGCCUAACCAAACGCAAUGGUUAUGUGAACGGUCACACCAUACUGCGCGCCCGCCACGCCUCAGAGUCCAGUACCCGGCCACACUGAUCCCAGACAACGAAGACAGGGAGAGCACCAUCACUUGUUUACUUCCUCACAGUCGGAGUUUUACUAUGUGACUGACAAUGCUACCUUUUCCUCACUUAGAGUCUUACUUUACAGUGGCCCUGGGUUUCCCCUUGUCUCUAAUAGCUGUUGGCAGCAAGUAUACAGGAACGGGAAACAUUUAUCAUUGGUUGGGAUAUACUGUAUGCAACUUUGGAACCAAGGGUAUCAUUAUCCUAGGCCUUCUGUUAACUUGCUUCCCAUAGUGUUUCACUUUGGGGAGAUGGGUGGAACAUUUGUGGUAAAUAACACCCUCUUUCUUGGUCUGGGGACUUUACUGCAGGAUGAGUGCCAUUGUGACAUAAUUUGGGUCCUCUCAGACUGGUGAUUGGAGGUGUUUGAUAACCUGUAUUAUAGGGUUGAGCCACCCCACACUGCCCUGUAUAUGAUGGUUAUAUUCGAUGAAUUGACUAGAACGGGUAGCCAUCUUGCUAGGAGCAAGUGACUGGUGCACAAAGAGACCGUGAAAUAAAUGUUGUGUAGUGGCUCAGCUGAACCAUGAAAUGAUUGUGCCACGUAAACUGUCCUUGUGUGGAUUUAGUACAGGAGAGUGUGUCUAGUGCUCUGGUCGAGCUUGUCUGCAUGUGCAUGUACUCAUGCAUCCCAGUAGCACUUCCUAUCCCUGCUGCAAGCUGCAAUAAUUGCCUUCCAUUCAUUCAUAUUUGAUAGAUAAAUCCUUUCUAAAAUACAGUCCCAAAAACGUACACUGGGAGAAACAGGGCUUUGUGUAGCUGCAGUGAAGUAAGCUUGGCUCGAGCUGUGAAGCCUUGCACUUUGGUGAAUGAGCUCAAGUUACCAUUGUCUAAAGUCUGAAAUUCUGGCUUCAUUUUGUCUCUCCCCUGGUUCCUGGAAGUGCUGUAUUUUGCUGGUGCACAUUUGUCUUUUGUGUGACAUGUUACAAGGCUUUAUUUAAAAUUCAGUCUUGACGAUGUUGGCACAGGCAAUGGGAUGAGCCUGGAUCAUUUACCUACUUGGAGAAACUCAACUGGCAAGAAUUCUAGCUGGUUGGCAUCAUCCUGCUUCAGUGUUUCUAAGCCCUUUGUGGCUAUUCGUAUUAUCUGGAUAUAUCCAUGGGGUCACUGGAGGAGCCCAACUGCAUCAGUUAAAUAAAAGUUUGCUGCUGAUAGUUCAAUGUUUGUGAUUCUAAGGCUGGAAUCUCCUUGGGAUUUUUCUAUAACCCAAAACUCUGUUGGGAACGUCUGCUUAUCUUUAAUACAUUUGAGUUGCAGUUCUCUGGUCUUUGUUGCGGCCCCACCAUUAAAAAAACGUUUAGUGGAAUUUAAAUAGCAAAAUGAAAAACUUUAUUAGCUUGGCAGUAAUCUCUGAAGAACAGGCUCCAGGUCUGUUCUGGGCUUGUAGUGUCGGAUGCUGUGAAGAGAGUGUUUAACUGUUGAGAUUGCGAAGGUGUGUAAAAUCAAACCUCCACUUUUCCAGGAAUUCAUCCUCUGGGUUUUACAAACGCAUCACUGUGGAAUUCCCUGAAAUAGUCAUGAGGAAUGGGGCAGGGGGAAAUAGUUACGGGACUUUGAGGAAUGGUCUGCCCAUGGUGCCUGGUGUAUUCCAUGUUUUAUGAGGUAAGUUGAUAACUAAGACAACAAGCUGAAACUGUCAAAUUCCUUGAGUGGGACUGUUUCAUUUAAGAGUUUCAAGUAAACGCAAUGCUGCAGUUUAAGGCAUUCUGCUGAGCUUGCACUAAACCAAACCUGUUUGCCUCUAGCUGCCAAUCCAUUUCUUCUCUGGUGUCCUUGUGGCUCAACAAAAUUUCUGAAUUGCCUAAUUUCAGUUCACUAAAUCCACCACUGUUAUGAAUGAACCGUAAUCUCUGAAAAUCAUUUAAUUAGUAGUUGGGAUCCAUCAGUUACCUGGGUUCCAUUGCACUUUCUAUAAUCACAAAGUUUUUUUUUGUUUGUGUGUUUGGGAGAGUACAGGGACUUCACAGGAUGUCUUUCCAACAGCUAUUGCGUAUUUCUCUGUUCACUGCCUGACAGUGAACAGCAAUCUUGCACUUAAUAACUACUACUUGAACAUUAUUGAACUGACACAAUAUUUAAGGACAUGUCUGUGGCAUAAGAGGUGAAUAUGCACUGAGCGAUGAGGUGAAAAGACCAAGGUUUAAUGUUGUGUGAAUCAUGCAGCUUGAUUUAUGUAAUCUGUUUGUUCAUUACUACUCACAGUGAAGGAUGAAUUGAAAGUGUUCGUUUCCAUCAGAUGUUUAUUUUUAGUACGUGUACUGUAUAUUAACUUAAGAGGAGUUGGCUCAAUAAAAGGCUAAGGCUUGCAACACUGCUAACCUGGCUGUUGAUGAGA